AUGGAACAUGCUAAUAGAAAAGAAGUAUAUUUCACCACGUAUUCUCAAGUAAGGGCCUCUUCGAGUGCAUGCAAGCGCUCAACAGUGGUGGCAACAUCCGGUAAACUGGUGCAACUUCCUUCCUUCAUUGAACCAGACAAGAAGAAAUGGAGAGCCGGUUUCUUUUCGCUUUGUCAUUAUGGAGUUGGAUAUGGACGAACAAGGCUAAGGCGGCUUUUGUGGUUUGAUUUUGUUGUUUUUGUUGUAAUGGAGAACUCUUGGCACAUAAAAUGUGGUGCUUCGGUUCCCCAAUCGUCGCAGGAACACCAGCAUCAGAUUCUGAGCCGGAAUUUGUAUCUUCAGUCCUCUGCCGGAGCCAAUUCAACUUCACUUGUUCAUAGACUAGCCCCAGAGACUGUGAACCACUGGAGUAGUAACUUAAGUCCUAAUAAUAUGACUGUCACUGAAAAGAAUUUGUCCUUCUUAUCACUUCUAUCUGGUACUCCACGCACCUGUCCUGAUGAAGUGCUUUUAGGCGGAAGUCAUGUUAGUGGCUCUGCAGCCGGAAGUGAAGUUUCACUUUUGUCUUCUCAACCUUUUGGUCCUAGAUUUAGCGGCCAACGCACAGAGGCUUUUUCAGACCUGGCUUGGUUUGUAUCGUCAACGACUGGAGUGGUUACAAACCAAGGUAGCAAUUUUGGUCCGAAGUUGCUGGUUCAGGGUUGUCCUAGAGACCUUCAGCAAUUGGAUGUUCCUCAGGCUGACACUCACUCAAAUUCUAUAAAUCAGACUCGUACAAAUUUGUCAUACCUGAGAAUGGGAUGCUUGGAUUCUGCUACCUCUCUGGAUCUUGGAAAGAUCCAUGUUGGGAAAACUGUUGCAGUGUCACAAAGGGUCCCUGAUUCUUCAGUUUCCUGCUCGUCAUCUUCUCUGUUAACUGGUGUUCCUCGAGUGUUCUGUUUGGGUCUUAGUGGAAUCUUGCUUAUCAGCAAUCCUGGACAUCUUGGAGUAGUUUGCUCUUGCCAUGGUUGGCACAUGUCACUCUCCAAAUUUGCCCAGCAUUCAGGCUCUUGCAAUGUUAAUCCUGGCAUUGCUAUUCAUGUGGAUGGCGGUGAGACCAUUGCUAAUUGGCGAAAGGCUUACUUCCAUAAAUCUGGGAUUAGGGUUCCGGAAGAUUAUACAGGAUGGGACUGGCCUCAAGAGAGUUCUGCUGCCACUGGUUUGUUGCAGCCAGAUCUAACCCGUCCCAACUUCCCUGCUGAUUCUCCCUUGUAUAACCAAGCUAAUGAUUCCUUAGGAGCUUGUCUGCAUUCUCUUAGUCAAUUGAACCACAUCUUGCCGACUCUGAAGAAUACUCGAACUGAUAAGAAGGUGGAUGAAUUUGUUCAUCGGGAUGAACAGAAGAGCUGUUGGGAGGACAGCAACAGUAUUAAAUUUCACGGUUCAGGUAGCUCAACAAAGAAUGGCUUGCAUUUUGUGGCAGAUGAUCAGAUUGUGGGGUAUACAAGGUCUGUUAGUUCUAUGAUGCCGCCAAAUGUUCUUGGUGUAAGGAACCCUUAUAAUGUACUUCCUGUCAUAUCAUCGUGUAAAGACUCAGUUUUUGGGAGUGGGAAUUCUCUCCAUUCAGACAUGCCAAAGCUACUUUCUCUUGGUAAAGAUGUUUCUGUUGGGCGGAUCGUUGAAUCUUCCUACGAGGAUACAACUUCUUCAAAUAUUGAGUUGAAGCUUGGGCAACCUUCUCAACAGAAUCGAGCAACAGCUUCAGGAAGCUCAGUUACGGCAGUUCCUGCAUCUAAUUUAGUUUUCCACAGCCAGCCCAGGGGAUCAGUCUUCAUGGAUCAGCAUUUGCAUCAAACUAGCACUUCAAGGUCAAUUGAUAGAAGUGGGGAAUAUCACUUGGCUGGUACUAUGACAAGUUCCAUUGUCAGAACAGAAAAGAACAAGAUGAAAGAUCUGAAUCAUGUAUAUGGAGCUUUUGGGGUGUCAAAUUCUUCGCAACUUAAAGUCUUUAACAAAAAUGCUGCAUCCAAUAAUGCGGUAACAUCAGAAUCGUCCCCAAGCUUGAGAAGUUCUGAAGAAAAACAUCGAUUCAAAUUAAGUAUGGACAGCCAAUCCGGACCUUCACUUUCCAAUGCUGACCGGUUUGGGUUUCCUUUUCUCAACGAGACGAUUAGAGACCAAUUCAGCAUUAAUCUGUUGGAUAGUCAGAAACGCCAGAAAGAUGAUCUAUGGUGCACAGCUGAGCCGAAUAGGGGAACACAUACUAAACCAGUGGCUGAAAUGUUGAGUUUUGGUGGAGUUGAUUGUCACUGGGAUCUUUGUCACAAUCCAGUUUUGCGGGAUAAAGUCUCCAGCAUGUGCCAGAAUACUUCGACAAUGGCUAACGCACAUGAUAUGAGGAAUAACUUAAAACAUUCAGGGCAAGUUUCCUACCCUGUACAGAUUGGUCAACACAAUCCAAUUUCUUCUAGAACAAGUGCUUCUGGCCCGGCUCAUUCCCUCUGGAAUUCUGCAAAAAAACCGACCUCUGCGAAAAGCUUUGCUGACUUAACUGGUAAUGGCGUAGGCGAUGGAAGAUCAAGAAUUUUCCCUUUCCAGUCUAUUUCUGCAUUGUCUAGUGAUAUAGUUGGUACUGCUGGUAGUUUCAAAACCAUCCCAGACCAAAGAGAGUCCCAAGAUUAUUGUGAGAAAAUACAAUUUACCAUUCCACAAUUGCCAUUGAGCACACGAAAGAAUGAUUUAAAUUUAACCGAUAUACUAAGUGCUGCUGCAAUUGCAACACCUUCAUGCGUCACUACUAAUGUGGCUAUUGAAGAGAGUGAAAAGCUGCCUUCAGUCACAGAUGAUCACUGUGACUUUCAAGCAUCAGCUGCAUCACAAAGAUGUUAUUCCAUAGGCAAAGAUGCUGAACCCCAAUUUCGAUUCCAUACUGACCCGGAGCAAACGACGCAAUGGUUUAUGAGAGUUGGUUGCGAUACAAAUCUUGCUUCAUCGAGUAAGGGGGAGAAGUGUUAUACUGAGUUGAUGAGUCGAUAUUUUCCUCAAAAAUUUGAUUGCCUGCCAGGAAGGCCUGAUUUGUUGCGAAAUCCUUCCCUUGGUGAGUUUGAAGAUAAAGAAGCAAAUGCAGUUGGUUUGGUGGCACCUUUGCUUGGCCCAAAACUCAGUGGAACAUUACCAUUUUCAGAUAUGAGUAAUUCUUUUGCAGCCACCAAGAAGGCUAAGUUCAGCACUUUUGAAUGGAGAGAUGUUCCGAGGAAGGUGGUCAAAUACACCGAUGAGGCUGAUACCAAAUGCUCUGAAAAAUCUGCUCAUCAUGUACUGAAGGAGCUAGAAAUAUCCAAUCUUUCCUCUGGAUGUUCUGCUCCUGCUGUUAGUCAGGCGUCCAUCAAGGCCAACAACAAAGAUUCAUUUACAGUUAAUGGUGCAGUUACAGCUAACAAUCUUGUUGUGGAUGAGGGCUCAAGGAUAGAAAGAUGUGACUCCACUGAUGAUGAUGACAGUGGAAGAAGUGCUGCAUUUAGCGACUUUCCUUCCAAGAGCAACUUGAUGGACAAACGAUCAUCUAAAGCUAUCUUCAGUAAAUUUUAUCAUGAUCUUAAGGGUGAUACUCUGUCCGGAGGCUCCCUAAAGUUGAGAAAGAUGCAAAGUCAAACUGCUAGCAGCUCUCCCGUUCAGACUAGGGAUGUAUUUCAGAAUGUUGAGGACGAAUCCAGGAGCGGAGAGAGAAGUCAAAUGAAAGCGAAACAAGCAGAUCCAUUGGUUCCGGCUUUUGCUCUGCAUGCUACGCAAAGUGAAGUGUUAAAUUGUGAAACUAAAGUUAAGCAGCCAAAGAACCUGGCCAUUCUUUCUCAAGGUGAUCAACAAAGUUUUACAGGUUGUCCUUAUUCAGUGGCCCAAAACUCAACUAGGGUAUCUAAGCUGUCUAGUUCUGGUGCAGUUUCCUGGAAAAGAGAUUUGAAUGAUCAAAUUUGUGCUGAAGCUUCUGAAGAAACACCAAAAAAACGAUUGAGACUGGUCGGUGGUACUGAUUAUCUGGAGCAAGAAAAACAUUCUACUUGUACUGUAUCAGAAUUAGCUUCUAAGGGUGCAGUGGUAGAUUGCAAUGUCACUUCUGGUGACCUUGCUAAUGUUUCUUGUAAGAGGAGACCUAUUGCUUGUGGAAAAUACGGCGUUUUAUGCAAUGCUAACUCCCAAAAGCCUGCGAAAAUUGUUUCUCUGAGCACCGUCUUGAAAGCAGCAAGAAGAUGUAGCUUUGCUGAGAGUGGAAAACUGGGAUUGGGCGAUGCAAAGGAAUCUAAUAAAAAGGCAAAUUUGAAAGCCAAUAAGGCUGUGCAAAAUGGGCUUACUUCCAUGAAUGAAAAAUCACUUUUCCCUUGCCGUAAAAAUUCUGGUGAUCCAUCACACACUAUGAAAAACAGAAGGAAUGAUGGAAAAAGGAGUCAAGCUAUUUUUAACAAUAAUAUGAACACUCAUCGUAGGCGAAAGUUUAAGCAUGUUCGUAAACGCAGCAUCAACGAACUCUCGGUUAAAGGUAGUGAUUCCAACUGCGAGCCUGCUGUAUUGAAGUGUGGAAAAUCUGUGCAGUCUAUAAACGGCAGCUUCAGUCAAAUGUCUGCAGAUGAACCGGCUAAGAAGAGUAACAUCGAAAGAAGUCGGGAUUUGGGAGAAUCUUGCUGUGUUUGUGGGAGCUCGAACGAGGACGAUUGCAAUUGCUUAUUAGAAUGCGAUCAUUGCUUGAUUAAAGUUCAUCAGGCCUGCUAUGGUGUUUCCGUUGCUCCAAAAGCCCGGUGGUAUUGCAGGCCUUGCAAAACAAAUUCAAGAAAUACUGUUUGUGUUCUCUGUGGUUAUGGAGGAGGAGCCAUGACUCGAGCGCUUCGUACUCAUAAUACUGUAAAGAGCCUGUUGAAAGCUUGGGGCAUCAUGACAGAAACCGAUUAUAUCAACCUUGGGAUUUCUGAACCUGUGGGAAACUCGUAUAAAAUCUUACCUUCAACAAAAAUGGUGGGCGGGAGUGACCCAUUUCUUAUAAUGAGACCGGCAAUGAUGGAGUCAAAUCUUUUGGCUUCAGGGAGCAAUGACCUCUCUAAGCAUGGGGAUGCUGUUGACAUCCCAUCGUCUGCAUCAAAUGCCACAGUUUUGUGUAAUAGCAUUGUGGCUGGAGUUUUUGAUGCAUCCGUGAAGCAGUGGGUUCAUAUGGUUUGUGGGCUCUGGACUCCCGGUACACGUUGUCCAAAUGUUGGAACAAUGAGUUCUUUUGAUGUUUCUGGAACUCGUCAUCCUAAGCCAAAUGGGGUUUGUUCAAUAUGUCAACGAUCAGGUGGUACAUGCAUACAGUGCAGAGUUGCAGACUGCCAUAUUCAAUUCCAUCCUUGGUGUGCCCAUCAGAAGGGUCUACUUCAAAGUGAGGUUGAAGGUGCUGACAAUGAAAGUGUUGGUUUCUAUGGAAGAUGUAUGGUCCAUGAAAUACAUCAUCAUCAGGGUGAUGAUUCUGACAAUUAUCACAAUAGUAAUGCUAAUCAUGGAGAACGGGAGCCAACCUGUGCUCGAACAGAGGGUUACAAGGGUCGCAAGCAGGAUAUUUCAUAUGAUAAUCACUACCACAAGUCUGAUACGGGUAGUGGAUGUCUUGUUUCACAAGAGCAGCUAAAUGCUUGGAUUCACAUACAUGGUCAGAAAUCAAGCACGAGGGGAGGGCCUCUAAAGGCACCUACUUCAGCCAUUGAGCCUGACUGUCGGAAAGAAUAUGCCCGCUAUAAGCAACUCAGAGGUUGGAAGCAUUUGGUGGUUUACAAAUCCGGGAUCCAUGGACAUGGUCUUUACACUUCUCAGUUCAUUUCUCGUGGUGCAAUGGUUGUUGAGUAUGUGGGCGAGAUAGUGGGGGUUCACGUGGCUGAUAAACGAGAAACUGAAUAUCAGGCCGGAAAGAAAUUGCAAUACAAGAGUGCUUGCUAUUUUUUCAAGAUAGACAAGGAACACAUAAUUGAUGCCACCCGUAAGGGUGGGAUAGCUCGCUUCGUGAACCAUUCAUGCAGUCCAAAUUGCGUUGCCAAAGUAAUUUCUGUGAGGAAUGAAAAGAAGGUUGUAUUUUUUGCUGAAAGAGAUAUAUAUCCUGGUGAAGAGGUAACGUAUGACUACCAUUUUAACCAUGAAGAUGACGGUAAAAAGCUUCCUUGUUUUUGUAAGUCUAAGAAUUGUAGACUAUAUUUAAACUAA